CUAGACUAAUGUUCACAAAAUCUGACAAUUAGAUAUGGCAGUUAAAUUAUGAAUAUAUGUGUAUAUAUAUAGAGCGAGUUAAUGGGCCGGCCGACUGUCUGUUUAGUGAUCAGCGCUUCAAUUGAGCUGAACGAUCAGCGAUCGCCGUAGCCAGGAACCGCCUAAUGUGGAUUUAAUUGCUGAAACUUUUCCAACUGGAGGCCAUAUAUAAGGGGCCAACAUAAUACCCAUUCUCGAUCAAAUCUGCAACGAAUAUGUCGAAUAUUGGGAUCCUGCUACUGCUCAGCUGCGUCUGCUUCGAGGCAGCUCUUGCUUGUAAUGGAUACAAGGCAAGGAUUGUGAAGAUGGAAAACUGUGCCGGCGACGACGGCAUCAUCAAAGUGGACGAAGAUUUCGGCGUUAAGCUGAAUAAGAAAUGCGAACUAGUGCCAACGGGCUGCAUUAUUAACAAAGCAUUUAACACGGCUGUGGUCAAGUACAAGGUGCAAAAGGACGGCAUUGUGAUGAAUCAAGGCAAAUUAAAUCUAUGUUCAGCCGCUGAUCAGGCGUCUUCCGACGCGAAGGACAUGCUCAAGGUGUUUGGCGCCCCAUCGAGCUGCCCCGUGGCCGAGGAGAAGAUCUGCGCCAACGAUCACACCGUCGAUCUGACCAAGUACAAAGCCAUGCUGGGAAUGGCUCGUGGUCAUCUAAUAAUAGACUCCGAGAUCACGCACGAUACUGGCAAGUCCUGUUUCCAUGCUGAAGUCGAAAUCACGAAGAAGUAGGAGCUGAGGCUGCUGAGAUCCUAAUUUUUCCCCAAUAUUAUGUUAUGAGUCUUGCAAACUAGCUGUAUCUUUCGUUGUAAUAAAUAAAACAUAUUGGUAAUGGAGUGCACAAAA